GGCCUGGCGAGGAAGCGCGACUGUCUUCCGGCGGGGGGCUUGCAGCAGCAGAAUGGUCUUCGCACUCAGUGUGGCCUGCCGAGAGCCAGGUGCUGCUCUGAAGGAAGGUGGGCAGGAGGGCCAGUCCUGACGCAGGAGGCUGCUUGUUCCAGGAAGACCUUGAUCCGCCCUGUUUGAUCUUGCACUAUUUGAGCUCAGAGCCCUCGGAAGCACAAGCACACCCAGCAAUGGCGGCAAAGAAUUACAGCUAUCACCGGUUUGUCAUAUUCACUGCUAUGUAUGUUGGGUACACCUUGUACUACUUCAACAGAAAAACCUUCUCCUUCGUGAUGCCUUCAAUCAUGGAAGAGGUACAAUUGGACAAAGAUGAUUUGGGUCUCAUCACCAGCAGCCAAUCUGCCGCUUAUGCUAUUAGCAAGUUCGUUAGUGGUGUCCUUUCAGACCAACUGAGUGCCCGCUGGCUCUUCUCUUCCGGCCUCCUCUUGGUGGGAUUAGUCAACGUGCUGUUUUCCUGGAGUUCCACCGUUGCCCUGUUUGCCGGACUGUGGUUCUUCAACGGGCUGGCCCAAGGCCUGGGCUGGCCCCCCUGUGGCAAAGUGCUACGCAAGUGGUUUGAACCUUCCCAGUUUGGGACUUGGUGGGCUAUCCUCUCCACCAGCAUGAAUCUGGCCGGAGGGAUCGGGCCCAUUAUGGCAGCGCUGAUGGCACUGAGUUAUGCCUGGCGCACUAUCCUAACCCUAUCUGGCUCACUGUGUGUGGUUGCCUCCUUGGUGUGCCUGCUCCUGAUUAAGAAUGAGCCUUCAGAUGUGGGACUGCCUAAUCUUGACUCUCAGCCCCAAAAAGGGAAACAAGACUCCUCGAAGAAUGACAGCACCUUGGCAGAGCUGCUUUGUUCUCCAUACCUCUGGGUCCUUUCUUCGGGCUACCUGGUGGUGUUUGGUGUCAAGACAUGUUGUACUGAUUGGGGACAGCUAUUUCUCCUUCAGGAGAGAGGACAGUCUGCCCUUGUGGGCAGUUCCUACAUGAGCGCCUUGGAAAUUGGUGGCCUGGUGGGCAGCAUUGCUGCUGGCUACCUUUCAGACCGUGCAGUGGCCAGGGUAGGUCUCUCAAUCUACGGAAACCCUCGGCAUCCCCUGCUCAUCCUAAUGAUGGCCGGCAUGGCUGCCUCCUUGUUCCUCUUCCGAGUCACAGUAACUGACAGCUCUGCCAAGGGAAAUUACUCUUGGAAUCAAUUCCUCUACCCUCUGGCUGAUGUUGUGGGCUUUACAGAACAUGAGCUCUGGAUCUUGCUGUUGGGAGCCGUCUUUGGAUUCUGUUCUUAUGGGCCAAUUGCUCUGUUUGGCGUAAUAGCCAAUGAGAGUGCACCGUCCAACCUGUGUGGCACCUCUCAUGCCAUCGUUGCUCUAAUGGCCAACGUUGGAGGCUUCCUGGCUGGUCUGCCUUUCAGCACAAUUGCCAAACACUAUAGCUGGGGAACAGCCUUCUGGGCAGUGGAGUUGAUCUGCAUAGCCAGCACUGUAGCCUUUUUCCUUCUGAGAAAUAUCUGCACCAAAAUGGGUCGUGUGCCAAAGAAAAUUGACUGAAGGGCCGCAUGACUUGGCUGCAAAGGAGCCUUCUUGAUCCACAGCUAGAACUUCAGAAAGAAAAAAAGAUAGCUCUAAGCAGGUUUACUGCCUGCCUUUAUAAAGUGGUGGCAAAAUCUCAUCUGGUUGCUACUGCCAGGUCUCAUCCUUCAAAACCUAAUGGAUGCCCUUAGUAGUUGGAACUCAUGAGCAAACAUUUGCCUGUCACAGCCUCUGCUGGAUUUACUGGCAGCGCCCAGCAGUGGGGACAGAGCAGCUGAAUAGAAGUUUCACUUUGAAGAAUUGCUUCGCUUACACCCCCUUUUGGUAUGUGUUCUUCCCUCAUUUCCUCCAUUAGAUUUUCAAAUGACAUUUUCCAAAUCUUCCCACAAAUUUCACUCAGAUAUAAACAAACAGGAAAUGGAAAAGAAGGGAACCAUGCUUUUACUUUAUUUAGCUUCAGUCAAUAGUGGGUAAGUUUAGAAGUGGACUAAAAACUACUUUUAGAAUUUGAGAAAGGGCAACCCUCAGAUCAAACUUUCUUGAUUAUAUCACAAGCAUCAGUAUAAACAGGUGUUCAAUGUCCCAUAUCUUUAACAGAAGAAAAGCAGUGUUUAACUGCUGGGGUUGGAACUGCCUAACUGUUCUGCAGCCGUGAAGCUCUCCAAAUGUAAUUAGAUGCCUUUAGGAAUAAAUCUUGUUACAUUUCC